CAAUUAAACGUUGCGGACAUAAAAAAGUUCUCUCCAAAAUUUCCGGCAGUGCAAUUACAAAUUUUCGUAGAUUUUGUCACUACUGCGUACUGACACAUAAUAGAGAAAGCCUCAACUUGAAAACAAUCUGUUUUUUUUAACGAAAAAAGAAUGUUUUCCUUCGGAUCAUUUGCGUGGUUCAUAUGCACAGUGUGGGUGUCCCUUGGAGCUCUGUUUGUCAGUUACCCGUCUUUGACGCCGGCAAUAAUUCUUCAUCUGUAUGUCUAUGGAAAGAUUCGAAAGACUGAUGGUAUCAGUAAGAACAAAAAUACGUUUCUACUCCCAAAAAGUUACUUCAGUCAUUUCUACCUGUCUGGUGUGAUAUGUAUCACAGCAUCCUUGUGUAUGUGUCUGUAUGUGACCUGUGCUGGGGGACAGUGGCCCGAGUUUGUACACACAGUUAUUGCUGCUAUGAGGUACCCAGCCAUUGAAAGUUAUGGAGACAUGUUUUCAAACCUACUGGUUCUGGCAUGUGCAAACUGUCAGGUUGUUAGACGAUUCCUUGAGUGUCUGUUUAUCAGUGUUUACUCUCCAGACAGCAAAAUGAGCUUCAUCAUCUAUUUCAUUGGUGUUUCAUUUUAUGCGGCUGUCCCAGUUACCUCGCUUUCAGGGACAAAUCUAGAUGAUCCAUUUAGAUGUGGAGAAUUACUACAGUAUGUCUGUUGGAACCAUAUUGUUGGUGUUGCUAUUUUCAUUUGGGCUUCUUACCAGCAAAGACAAGUUGCUAUCCAGUUUGCUCAACUCCGACAGAACAAAUCAGGUCGAGUACAUAACACGAAGCAUCACAUACCAUAUGGAGGACUAUUUGAGUAUGUGUCAUGUCCACAUUACUUCACGGAAAUACUCAUUUACCUGUCUAUGAACAUAAUGUUUUCCUUCAGAAACACUAUGAUGUUCUGGUUGUUUGUGUUUGUGCUGUUUAAUCAGGUCAUCACUGGAUACUUCAGUCACAAAUGGUACAAAGAGACAUUCCGCAAUUAUCCAAAAAACAGAAAAUCAACAAUACCUUUUCUUAUAUGAGAGUGGUGUUUUAAAGCUUUGACAUACAGUAUUUGCUUGAUUAUAUGCCAGUAUUCAUGACAACACAAUUAUGAGACAAAGUAAUUAUGCUACUAAAUUGUUUCGUUCAAGGGUCCUGUAAAUUUUCAUUUUUUAUGCUCUCGGUAGAGGGGGAGCAUAUAGUCUCCACCUUGUCUGUCCAAGCUUACAUUUACAUACUUAGGUGGCAAUAGGAACAAUAGGUAACUGUACUUUUUCUUUGAUGCCAUUUAUUCCAUUCGCUUUUAUGUUGCUGUUUUUCUUUUACAUGGCUAAGCGAGUUGGGUUUUACGGUGAAUCAACACAAAAAGGUCAUACAUCGAUUACAUGGCUGAAGGAACAACAGAGUGAACAAAAGAGUAGCUACAUAAAUAUGUAGAGACUUCUGUUUGUCUGUCCGUUUCACUUCUUGUCUGGAGGAUAACUAAAAAAGUAUUUAAGAUACCAAGUUGAAACAUUAAACAAUAUAUAGACCUCUUUGUGAGGAAGUGCAGUGACAAGGAACCAUAACUCUAGGUGGUCCCAUUUUUGAAUUAUUUCUCUUUUUUUUAAAAAACCUUGUACGGGGUUUAACUUGAAUACUGUGUGAGGUAUUGACUUCAUACUUUGCAUAUUCAGGGAUCAGUGAGAGGGAGUGUAAUGUUAAAGAACCUCAACUCUUUGCUGACCACAUUUCUCCUUAACAUAACGUCCGUGACUGAAAAGCUCCUCAAGCUACGGUAAUUUUCGGAAGCAUCCGUCGGUCUUACCGAUUGCCUUGUUGAGUGUUAUACUCCAUGGAUCAACUGCCAUUGCCUUGUUGAGCAUUAUACUUCAUGGACCAACCGCCAUCGGUCUAACCCAUUGCCUUGUUGAGUAUUAUACUUCAUGGACCAACCGCCAUCGGUCUAACCGGUUGCCUUGUUGAGUAUUAUACUUCAUAGACCAACUGCCAUCGGUCUAACCGGUUGCCUUGUUGAGUAUUAUACUUCAUGGACCAACCGCCAUCGGUCUAACCGGUUGCCUUGUUGAGUAUUAUACUUCAUGGACCAACCGCCAUCGGUCUAACUGAUUGCCUUGAUGAGUAUUUUACCUCAUGGACCGCUUGUUUUGUGAUUGUCAUAGCAAAAUUUCUCAGGCUUUCUACAUUACAAUGCUUUUAGAAAUAUGUAUUUUUCUUGUAUAAUGAAUAUAUUGCUAUUUCUUAGCA